UCUGGCAAUAGCCUGCAGGUGCCGCAUCACUGUAGAAAUAGGAAGAGGAAAACGGGGUUUUGUAGCGAGGGAACACAUCUCAGUGGCAGAUCCACGCCAGUUUUCCUCCUGGGCUAUAUAGGCAGGGAAACGCCACAAUAACCAACCAAAGGGUGCCAGAGGGUAGAGAGGAGCGCAGAAGGCAAUCCAGAUCCAUCUGCCAGCCACUUAUCACGCGCUAACAUUUACAGUCCGGAUUUCAGCACAGCUGUCUAUCCAUUAGUACCAGGAAAAUGUCUGCCCCAGCCGGAGCCCCUGCAGCAGAGGGAGGAAAUCAACCUCCCAACCUCACCAGCAACCGUCGUCUGCAGCAGACACAGGCACAGGUUGACGAGGUGGUGGACAUCAUGCGUGUAAACGUGGACAAGGUUCUGGAGCGUGAUCAGAAGCUGUCAGAACUGGACGAUAGGGCUGAUGCCCUGCAGGCUGGAGCCUCUCAGUUUGAGACCAGCGCUGCAAAACUGAAGAAUAAAUACUGGUGGAAGAACGCCAAGAUGAUGAUUAUCCUGGGAGUGAUAUGCGUGAUUGUCCUCAUCGUCAUUAUUGUGUACUUCAGCACCUAAGGAGAGUUGCUCCUACCCCAGUCUAAUCCCAACUUCCUUGCUACAGAAAAAACCCCUCAAAUUGAUUACAAAAUUAACCAUGAGAAAAUAAUUUAUUAUAUAUAUCCCCCAAUUAGCCUCGAUAUAACACCCCUAAACCCAUCAGGGCCCCAUGGCUCCCCCACUUCCACCACCUCGCCUCUGGACCCUUGUCAAUAUUUGUCCUGUGAGUGUGUGGCCCUGUCUCCUUUCUGGGUACUCUUGGCUUUUCUAACCUGCCAUACUGAGAACCAAACACUUGUGACGAUGCAACAACAGAAAAGGAAACAACAAUUGGCGAUAAUUG